AAUUCCAGACCCAAAAAAAUUUUGCGUCCUGUUCCUUUCCUCUUCCUCUACGAUCUCCCCCGCCGCUUCAACGUCGGCAUGCUCAACCGCUGGAGCUCCGGCCAGAUGCUGGUCACCGCCCAAACGUGGCCGCCCUGGCUGAAGAACUCCAGCCUUAAGCGGCAGCACAUCGUCGAGUACUGGAUGAUGGGCUCGCUUCUGUACAACGGCGAUGGGAGAGAGGUCGUUAGGGUUUCGGAUCCGUAAAUGGCUGAAGCCUUUUUCUUGCCGUUGUUCUCCUCUGUCCCAGUCUAGUUUCUCAACUGCUCCUAAAACCGUAGUAACCAUUUCUUCUUCCAUCGUCGAAGGAUCAUCUGAGCUCGUCUCUGCCAUUGAAAUCUCUCUCUUCAACAAUGGCCGACCCAUCGGAGUCUCUCACCUCGAUCGCCGGGUUGGUCUCCACCUCCUCCACCAAGAAGCGUCUUCGGAUUUUCCGCGACGAAAUCCCUCCAAUUCUUGUCAAUUCAGGUUCCUCCAAUCUCUUCUUAACCUAAAAUCAAGAAUCGUAAUUCGCGGAAUAAAAUUUUCCUUUCUCCCUGCUAAUUUUUGCAGCCCAGGAGCGCCGGGAUUUCUUGUAGCUUAUGGUGUUGUUUUGCUGACAUCAUUCUGGUUAAAGGUCUAAAGCUCGACGGCAUCCAAGUUGGAAUAUAUUCUCUCUAUUGCUUACCCUUGAAGCUGCUUGGUUCAGAAGGAUCGCCAGCAAGUUGCAUUCUCAUCAGAUGAAGUCUUUUUUUUUCCCUUUUGUGUGUAAAGUCAAAACAUUACAAUUAGUCUUUCUUCACACUCUUAAAUUUCAAAAUGUCAUUUGGAAUUGUCCUUGCCAUGUGCCAUAAGUGCGGUUUAUUCUAAUGUUGUAGUUUUUUUAACCGUUGUUUCAUCUUUUCAGUACGUGUAUAUAUAACAAUAAUUUGAAUGUUCUAUCAAUCCUUUGAUGGCCUUUUAACGUCGUCUAGAGAAUUUCU